UUUUAGUUUAAAUGAAUGUUGAGUAAAUCGAAAGUGAUUUUGACUUAGAAUUCUUUAGGUUUUCACCUCAAUAAAUUGUUGUGGUCAUUUCCUAGAUUAUACUUUGGAUUAAAUUACAUACAAAUUGAGAUUAACUUAAGGAGCAGUAUUUAAUCAUUUUCUGUCACACGAUCAAGCAAUAUAAUUCUGUUCCUCAAUAAUAUAAUAAUAUCACUCAGAGUAUCCAACAAAAUUGAAUUAAAAAAAAACAAUGCCUUUCAAAAACUAAUUACAAACCACCUAUUCUAUGAAGUAGAUUACCUCAAAACUGCAAUAAAAAUAAAUUUCAAUCAUUACUCAAGCAGCUGUAACUGGAUUGCCUGAAAGUA